AAAAGGUAUUAAAAUAUAUGCAAUUCAAAAAAAUAAAUUUCUAAAUAGCUGAUUGGUUGAGAAUAGUUAACUCGUGGCUGACGGAGGUUUAUAGUUAAAUACAUUAUUUACAUAACUUAAUUUUUUUUAUAAAGGCGACGAAAGCACACCACCAGAGUAACUAUGAAAUAUAUGACCGGCUGAAUAUUGACUUUCAACUCAGAUUAACCUACGUCUGGAAAUAUGUUCCAACAAUUGAAAUUGACGUUUCUGUUGAUACUCUCUAUGAGUUUCUGUUUGGAGUCUCAUGCUGCGUCAGAUAUUUGCACGACAUGUCGCUGUCAAAAUUCUGAGACAAAUAUAGAUUGUUCAUCUCGGCAACUCACUUCGAUCCCACAAUCUAUUCCACCGACUGUUGAGCAUCUGAAUUUGAGUCGUAACGAUAUCCCGGAAAUCAAUGAGGAAGCCUUCCAAAAUCUUUCCAGUUUAAAAACUCUGAAAUUGCAGUAUAACGACAUUACGAAAAUCAAAGCAGGAACCUUUCGAAAUCUUCUCAAUUUAACAACACUGGAGUUGUAUAAGAAUGAUAUCAAUGAAACCGAAAUUGGAUCUUUUCAAAAUCUUCCCAGUUUAACGAAUCUGAAUUUGGGUAAUAACAAAAUCUAUGAAAUCAAUACAGAAACCUUCCAAAAUCUUUCCAGUUUAACAGAUUUAGAAUUGUUCAAUAACAACAUUAAGAAAAUCCAAGCAGGGACCUUCCAAAAUCUUCCCACUUUAACAAAUCUACAUUUGCUUUAUAAUGGCAUCACUGAAAUAGAAACUGGAUCUUUUCAGAUUCUUCCCGGUUUAAUGACUCUGAAUUUGGGUAUAAACAAAAUCAAAGAAAUCAAAACUGGAACCUUUCAAAAUCUUUCCAGCUUAAAAACUCUGUAAGUUAAAUGAAUCUUAUUUCAUAUUACCUCGUUGGCGAUAUCUUUGUAAAUAUCUAAUGUCUUCCCGUACACAUAUUUAAGCUCCCACAAUCGUCUUUCAAUAUUUGCGUUUUAUUGUUCAUGAAAUUCUGUGAAUGUGAGUGUAGGCCCAUUUCUAAGAUAUUGGAUAUAUGGGAGCGUGUUACUUGAAGGUAAGCAUUUAGUGUAAGCAUUUAGUGUAUACGGGCGUAUUAACAUCUGUGCACAUUACGCAUGGUGUUUACUUCUACAUAGGCGCUAAGUAACAUCCUUGGAUAAUCCUUGUAGUUGUAUCUUUAGCCUCAGAUGAUUCAUACGUUAAUAUACAAACUCAUUUUUUGUUAUUGUUGCUUGUCUUCUUCUAUAUUUCUUCUUCUUCUAAAGCUUCUUCCCGUCCUCUAAAAAUCUACUCGCCAACGGCACCAUCAUCAUAACCUAGGUCAUCAUCCUCGUUAUCAUUACCAUCACCGUCCUCGUCAUUCUUUUCCUUCCCUUCCUUCUUCUUCGUCUCCUUUUUCUUCGUUGUCUUCGUCGUCUUC